CACCGACCGUGGCACUCGGUCUCCGCUUUGUCGGCUGGUUGUAAUCUGCAGAACCCUACACUGGAAAAUCUCUCGUCAAAACCCCUCUGCAGGCACGGUGUUCAGCAGGCCACGAUAAGAUGCCGCCAGAUGAAGCGAAAGAGGGAAUUAUCCGCGACCGCCGCUCUGCUUCCUCGCACUCCCUUCCUCUCUUGCAGGAAUCCAAGCAACAAUCUGGACAAGCGGGCACGGCCGGUGGAUUUCCUUCUCCUCUGGGGCCUCCACGCAAGCCCAAUCAAACUCUAGGACGUCGGCUCGCUCGCUCGCUCGCUCCAACCUCGACGACCAGUCGGCGCAGAAGGCAGUGCUUCGCUUCUUCGCCUGCUUCGAUGUGAUUCUCCAAUGACACAAGAAAUCAACCUACGGCGAGACGAAAGCAGCCAGGACGACAGAUCGUUGAGCAAAGCAGCCGAUUCCGGGCCCCGGGACACACAUAGUGCCUGCACAAAACUCCGGCGUUGGGAAGAGAGAUCGGGCCAGCCCGAUCGAACUCCUGGCCCUCGAACAAUCCACCCCCUCCCCAAUUCUCCCUGCGCCUCGCUCCACCCUCCACCUGCACGCCUCGCUCUCGACCCACUUCCAAUCAGAUCCGACCCCGCUUCCUCUAAGCUCUCUCUCUCUCCCGGGCACGGCCCCGCCCUCGCAAUCCGAAACGCGCAAACCCUCGACGCCUCGCACCAACACACCACACGAGCAGCGCAGAGCAGAGCAGGGCAGAGCACGAGAGGCGAUGGCGGUGGCCGAGCAGCGAGCGCGAGAGAAGUAGAGCGCAGCUCCCGAAGCCUCGUCCGACGGGAUUACCGCCCGCAGCCCGAAGACGGACCGAACGCGGGCCGAAAAGACGCAGGACAAAUCCUCCGCCGGACGACCGCGCGAGAGAAGACCCAGAGCCGCAUCGCCAGUGGGCCGCAUCCCGACUUCCCUUCCGCUCCCGCUCCCGCUCCCGCGGCGACAGAGGUCCGACGGCUCGAGCCCUUGCGCCCCGGAUAUUCGCGCGACGAACUGUCAUCAGCCGUCGGAGUUUCGGACGGCGGCGGUCUGCCAGUCCGAGGCUGGUGA